UAUAAAACGCGUUAAUAUGCCGAAAUAAUCGACUGCAGAUCAUUUUCGACGAGGCUGCGUGGACCGUACGAACUCCAGAAUUACUAAAAAAAAGUUUCCGAGUAGUCCACGGUGAGAGGAAACUUUAGCCACAGAGCUUCAGACUCCCACGUCUCCAAACUAGCUAUGGCGCUCAGGGCGAGAGCUUUAUAUGACUUCGUCUCUGAAAACCCAGGGGAGAUAUCCGUGGUGGAAAACGAACUUUUAACGCUGUACAGCGAAGACGUUGUCGACGGCUGGCUGGAAGGAACCAACAGCAGGGGUGAGUCAGGACUCUUCCCAGCAUCCUAUGUGGAGAUACUUAGUAGUGGUAAAGGACUAUCAGUACAAGGCAAUGGAGAUGCAUACCAUUCUAGCUAUGCUGCUGGAGCAGACUAUUCCUAUCAAAGAAGUGCUCAGCAAGGGGAUACGUCCACCGAAUCCACCCCUACACGGGGUUACCCUACUUAUUCCUAUCAAUCCACCAGCCAAGGCAGUGAUGAAGACUGGGACGACGACUGGGACGAAGGUCCGGCCGCUGCGGACGAGCCACGUGGGGCGCCAGGCAAAGGUGGCAGUGCCCUAGCGUCCUCCUCCUCCUCUACCUAUCCUGCUUCACCUCGACGUGGAAGUGCCCAGCAGUCCAGGAGCUCGGCCACAGUGGGCAGGAACCUCAAUCGGUUCUCCACGUUCGUCAAAUCUGGUGGAGAAGCGUUCGUUCUGGGUGAAGCCUCUGGGAUUGUGAGAGAGGAGGACAAAAUACGUGUAGUGAUGGGCCAGUUUGGACCAGAGUGGCAGGAGAAUCCACGUCCGUUCACGUGCAGCAUUGACGACCCCACCAAGCAGACCAAGUUCAAAGGGAUGAAGAGCUAUAUGUCCUACGGACUGACCCCCAGCCACACGCAAAGCCAGGUGAACAGGCGCUACAAGCACUUUGACUGGCUCUAUGCGAGGCUGGUGGAAAGGUUCCCCGUCAUUUCGGUGCCCCAUCUACCCGAGAAGCAGGCCACUGGCCGCUUCGAGGAGGACUUCAUCUCCAAGCGCAGGAAGGGCCUGAUAUGGUGGAUGAAUCACAUGACGACUCACCCUGUGCUGUCCCGCUGUGACGUCUUCCAGCACUUUCUGACCUGCAGCAGCAACGACGAGAAAGCGUGGAAGCAGGGCAAGCGCAAGGCCGAAAGAGACUGCUUGGUGGGCGCCAACUUCUUCCUCACAAUCAUACCACCGGCCGUCCCUCUUGACCUGCAGGAUGUGGAGAGCAAGGUGGACGGCUUCAAAGCCUUCGCCAAGAAAAUGGACGAGAGCCUGGCGCAGGUCAACGUCACCCUGGGCGAGUUCGCCAGAAAGCAAGUGACUGGCUUUAGGAAGGAGUAUCAGAGAGUUGGGCAGGCCUUCCAGCUUCUAGGUCAGGCAUUUGAACUGGACCAGCAGGAGUACUCCCUCAAGCUGAACCAGGCAAUGGCCUUCACCGCGCAGGCCUACGAGGCCGUCGGGGACUACUUUGCAGACCAGCCCCGUCAGGACUUGGAGCCAGUGUCAGAUCUUUUAGCCAUUUAUCAAGGACAUCUGGCAAACUUUCCUGACAUCAUCCACGUUCAGAAAGGAGCCCUGACCAAAGCGAAGGAGAGCCAGCGUCACGGCGAUGAGAAGGACGGAUCUGCUGGGAUUAAUGAACGCUGCAACAUCAUCUCCUGCGCCACACUGGCCGAGAUGCAGCACUUCCACCGAACGCGUGUGCGGGACUUUAAAGCUCAGAUGCAGCACUACCUCCAGCAACAAAUCGCAUUCUACCAGCGGAUCACAGGCAAGCUGGAGGAGGCCCUGCACAUGUACGAUCAAGCUUAACAGGAAAAAAAAAAAACAGUAUUCUGGAUCAGCUCCGAUAUACAGGCAUCCUGAUCAAGUCUCAACAAAUAUGUAGUAGGUUCAACACAACGGACAGAACAGUCACAGUGUUUUUAAUGGAAUUAUUGAAGAAUAGAAUAGUCAGUACUCAAAAUUGGAUGGCUUGCAUUCUUAAUGAGUGGUAUGUGUGUGUGUGUAAAGAAUGUGUGAGUUCCCGCAUUGAGAAAUCACAAUGAAUUUACUUGGUUUAAAUGUGUACAUCAUUGCUACAUGAAAAAUAUAUACUCACUGUCCAUUUUAUCAGGUCCACUUACCAUGUAAGUACUGUGCACCACCCUUCAUUUAUGUGCAGUCAAAACAGCCAUUAAGUAAAAGUUAUUCAUUUUUCAGGAGACAUUUGCAGGAGACAUUUUGAUGAGAUUAGAUAGAAGAUAAUUCAUUGGCACAAUGAAGGAGAAAGUCAAAUGAAAGUUAAAGAAAAGGAGUGUCCAAACUGGGAUUCAAAAAAUGAUCGAAAGAUACAGAGAAAAUGAGAUCAGAUAAACAGUACUUUCAUCUUUGAGAGAGAGGAGAAAAUCAAUGAGCUUCAGAUCUGAAAAAAUGUGUUUCUGU